CCAAAGUGAAACUGUAGCACAUAGCACAGAACUAAAGCAAAAAUGAAGUGGUUAGUGAUUGUACUUGUUUUUAUCCCAAUUGUUUGUGGCAACAAGAGGUUCGAAUAUCGCAAUGUCAAUGCUGAUUCGUGCGAUGUUGAUGACGCCGAGUGUGUCACAAACCAGGGUAUUGAGGGCCGUUGCAGGUCAACUUGCCAAGUAACGGAACGAGUGGUGGAAUCAGAUAAACUUUGCCCUCAUUCUGACUGUAAAUGCUGCACCACAAACACAGACAAAUGCGAUGAGAUAUAUCCAGGCAGUUACUGCGGACCACCUCCAUGUGAUGUGAAUAUGCUACAAAUAUUCGACACUGUAUUAUGUAAUCACAAUUACGUAUGUUGUCGUCCAAAGCAACUAUGUACGUUUCCAUUAUAA